AUGUCUGGUGUAGCCGCUGGGCCUUACAGCCAGGCCAUCAAAGCUGCUGGGCUGGUCUUUGCGGCCGGUCAGAUCCCCGCGGACAGCACUGGGAAGCUAGUGUCUGGUUCCAUCGCCGAGAAAACCGAGCAAUGCUGCAAGAACCUCAAGGCCAUCCUGGAGGCAGCAGGAAGCGGCAUUCCCAAAGUCGUGAAAGUCGGGGUCUUUCUGUCUGAUAUGAAGCACUUCCCAGAGAUGAACGGAGAAUACGAAAAGUGGUUUUCCCACAAACCCGCUAGAACUUGCGUUGCGGCUCGAGAGCUUCCCAAGGGCGUGGACGUCGAAAUUGAGGCCAUUGCUGUCCAGUAG